CGGGGCCGCCCGCCGGGGCAGGGACGUCGCGGCCGGCGCGGCGCGGCAGGUAGCGCUGCCGGCGGAGCGGGCCGGGCCAGUCGGGACGGCGCUGGACCAUGGGGAAGGUGCAGCUGUUCGAGAUCCGACUGAGUGAGAGCCGCGUCGUCUACAGCCCCGGAGAGCCGCUGGCCGGGACCGUCACCGUGCGCCUGUCGGGCUCGCUGCAGUACCGAGCCAUCAAGGUGAGCUGCGUUGGAUCCUGUGGCGUGUCUAACAAGAUCAAUGACACAGCGUGGACCGUGGAGGAGCAGUACUUCAACAGCACGCUGUCCCUGGCAGACAAAGGGGUGCUGCCGGCUGGAGAGCACAGCUUUCCCUUCCAGUUCCUGCUGCCAGCCUCUGCUCCUACAUCCUUUGAAGGUCCUUUUGGCAAGGUCCUCCAUCAGGUGAAAGCUGUGAUAGACACACCUCGCUUCUCCAAGGACUACAAAUGCAACAAGAUCUUCUACAUUCUCUGCCCUCUCAACUUGAAUGACAUCCCUGACAUUGAGCAGCCCAACACUAUGUCAGUCACCAAGAAGUUCAACUACAAGCUUGUGAAAAGUGGCAACGUUAUCCUGACUGCCACUUCGGAUCUGAAAGGGUACAUCGUGGGGCAAGCGAUCCAGCUCCGCACCGACAUAGAGAACAAAUCGGGCCGGGACACCGGGCCCGUGGUGGCCAGUCUGCUCCAGAAAGUGGCUUAUAAAUCCAAACGCUGGAUUUAUGACCUGAGGACCAUCGCGGAGGUGGAAGGCUCAGGAGUGAAAGCCUGGAAACACGCAGAAUGGAAGGAGCAGAUCCUCGUUCCGGCACUGCCCCAGUCCAUUCUGCAGGGCUGUAGCCUCAUACAUAUUGACUACUACAUCCAGGUUUCCCUCAAGUCACCAGAGGUUUCCGUCACUCUCCCCAUUUACAUUGGUAACAUUGCUGUGAACAGGGUGCCCCUGAGCCCCUCCCGCUCCAUCCAGCACAUCCCAUCUGCAGUGGUACCCAGUGCCCCCCCGGAGGAAGAGGAGGCUGCCGGCGGUUACCACCCCAUGGACAAUGUCUCAAUCCCCACCAAAAGCCAUUCCCAGCAGCAGCCGUUCAGCUACGCCCCAGGACUGAGCUUCCAGGAGAUACGGGUGGACUCGGAGCAGACAGGCUCCCCAAACCAUCCCACGCUCUGCCUGUCGACGGGAGCCACUGUCCCUUACUACGCUGAGGGGAACGUGGUGCCUGUCCCCACGGCCAGCUCUCUCAUUUUGCCUCCGGAAUACAGCACGUGGGGGUACCCGUACGAGGCGCCUCCGUCCUACGAGCAGAGCUGCAGCAGUGCCAACUCCAGCAUCAGCAAUGGCAACUAGCCCACCCUGCUCCGAGUCUGCCGGCGCUGCGCACCCCGGGCGCCCCGGUUCGCCUGCCUACUGCAAAGUCUGGGACAGCACAAGGCGUCCUCUCAUCUCUGUGGCUGCUCGGUGGGGUAAAUGACACAUCCCGGCCUGGGCUUUUUACAUCUCUCUCUAAGAAAAGGGGGGUUGGGAAAACCAAAAAGAGCAGCCAGGGCAACCUGUGUGUGUGUAGGAGAGGUCUGGGGGACCGAACUGUCUCCCGCUGCUGCACCAAGAACUGGUUUUGCCCCAGGGACGCCCGCUGCAGCAGCCCGUGUUUAAAGUACUGUAGUCAACACUAACUGCUUUACUAUCGAAGCACCUGUGAUGCCUUAUCUGAAACGCUCCUGACUUGACAUGUCUCCUCUGUGGGUGAAGGCUGGGCUGUGUGGACUUUCUCUUCUCUUUUAGGGGCCAUAUGCUCUGCAGAAAUGGUGUUGACAGCCCUUCUUCCUUGUCCUUGUAGGUCCUAAGGGUAGCUGAAACAGGUUUCUUGGAGUAAACAGGUUCGGAAGGUCAGGGACUUUUAAAAAGCCAAAAGCACAAGACCUUGCUGUACCUGUGUUGUGGGGUGAGUGACUGGCAGCCUUUGGUUCUCUUGGCCCGCACUGCCUGUGUGCGGUGGGAGCAGCGGGGAGCUCGCUGGAGCACCUGCUCAUAAUCCAAGAGCCCUGGUGAGCUGUGGGGGGACAGCCCAGUGUCACCAGGGGGUGCCCACCAGCUUCUGGCCCUCUUGAGCAAGGGCAGCUCGUCAGAAGCCCUGUAGGAGAGUCCAUCCUGCUCACUGCUCGACCACAGUGCCCAGGAUCAACAGUCUGGUCGGUCUGCAAGCGGGGGGACCCGAUCCCUGUGUCCCAUUUCCCACCCCGCAGGGUGCCCUCUCCAUCCAGCUGCCGCUGCCUCCGGCGGGCCAGAAUUACGUGACAAUCAAGUUAGAAAAGUCUUUCCGAUGCUACCUCUGAGUCUGCCCAAGGACCCUGUCCCUGGAGCCCCUUCCCUUGGGGACAGCCCUCCCUCGAGGCUCAUCCUGGCGUCUCCUCCAGGUCUGCGCUGCCGAGCCAGCGCACGAGGGGAAACGUUCCCUCUGCAAACUGGUACCAGUUUAUCGCUUGUCUCCUGAGCCUUCUCGAGCCACAGCAGGAUGGGAAAAUGAGGGAGCAGGAACACAAACUGCUGCUCCUCAUUUACCACCCACGCUGGACCUGGCAGGUCGGGGGAAGAAGCUGGUGGAUGUAAACCAACAUAUUUCUCUUGCGUUUUCCCCCCCCACACCUUGUUUAGCUUGUUUAGUAUUGACUGCCCAAGCUGAGGAAACCACAAACCAGAUACGUAAGAGCCUCAGGCAUCCAGCCACGCAGAAAUUGUGGACUGCAGAGCUUUGGCACCUCUGAGAACUGGUCUCCAGCUGCCUCAUGCUGGGCAGGCAGUAGCUAAUAAACCUGUGGGGAGCGCACAGCCUCUGCACAGCCCCGGCAGCAGCUGGGGACAAGCCCUGCUUUGCACUCUUUCUUUGCAAAUGCUUUUUAUUUUAUUUUAUUUUAUUUUUUAUUUUAAGUGUUGAACCGCUUUAAGGAUAGUGUAGAGAAGGUGCCCUUCUGAGCAGUGCUGGCACAACGUGCACCAAUGGUGAUAGGAUGAUUGUCAUUGUCCCUGAAAAUAUAUAUAUAUAUAUGAGAUGAAGUUUUGUUUUUAAUGAUUGAAUUCAUAAGUACAAAUUUUAAUGCUGUAUUUAAUAAAUUAUUCUAAGAGAAA